UGCCAAUGAGCGGGGCAGGCGUGAUUCCAGACGGAGUCUGGUCGCCGGAGGAGGUACAUGAGGGCAAAUUAUGAGCGUGUGCUGGGUAGCGCUAACUCGGAGUCCUUUGAUUUGAUUAACCCGGACGAGUUGGGAGGGUCAAGAACUCGGCGUGUUCUCGAUGAGGAGCUGCUGACAAAUCAAGCCAGCGGCCAUUUCACAAGUUAUCACUACUGCUACUGCUACUUCAGGGAGCGAAGAGAAAACUGGGUUCGUUUUCUUGGUGUUCGGAUUGGGUAAAAGGAGGAUUCUUUUUCGAGAAGUAUUGGAGGGGGAUUGAGAGAGAAAAAAAAGCUACGAUCUUGGUAAAACGAGCUUCCUUUAAUCUUUAUGUCCCCGUUCCCAUUUUGCUUGCUGGCUGGCUGGAAUUUCUUACGUCCUGCCUUCCUUCUGAAUUUUGAUUUGAAGAGCUCGCUAGUUUAACCAGAUUGUGCAAGGAAAGUCCGUUGUGUUUUCGUUGCUGUUCGGUCAAAAAAGGGCUAGCAGAAUCAGGAAGAUUCUUUUGUAUGGCUUAUUCAAUGAGUGUGGCACCAGUUUGAGAAGAUUGUGUGUCCACAUAAUGAGGGGAUAUCCUGGCCAUACGAAAAUUUACCAGGAAACAAACAGAAGCAGAACUUCCAAGAGGGGAGAACUACUAUCUGGAGGUCUUGUCAAUUGGUCAUGGACAUGGCGAUGGGACCCAUUUUACUGCCAGGUAGUGGCAGUGAGAACAAAAGGAUUAUUCAACACAUCUUCUCAAUGUGACAAAACUGCAAUAAUAUGUGGUCUGAAAUCUUUUCUGGGUCAUGGAAUGGAAUCCAGACAAUUUCAAGGGUUCCUUCGAACACCAGAUAUUUCCUUUUGUUGCUACAGCUGUGUUGAUUUGAGCAGCCAGCUUCUGCAAUUUGCAAACAAAAAGUGCAGGCAGAAGUCUUGGUAGCCAGCCUAGAACUUGCAAGGGAAAACCUGCAACACUUGCAGAGGUGAUAAGAAUGUUGGAAGGGAGGGGUGUGGUGAGGGAGACAGACAUGCCAGAGGAGAUGCAAGGGCGUGUACUGGAACUGGCAUACCAGGCUCUUGAUCUUCAUGAGGUUUCUGAUUGCCAAUCCAUUGCUCAUUAUAUCAAACAGAAAUUUGAUGAAGACUAUGGAGCAGCAUGGCACUGCGUGGUUGGCAAAGAGUUUGGUUCCUGCAUCACUCACCUCCGUGGAACUUUCAUCUUCUUUGGGGUGGAGAUGAUGGAGUUUCUCAUCUUCAAGGAUGGCAACGACUUCAGCCUCACCAAGGAAGAAGCUGUUGGAGUUCUGCAACUGCAAGACUCCACCAAAAAGAUCAAAACCUGAAAAUAGAUUUGCAUACUUAAUCUCAUUUUGUAUGACUCGUCGUCCCUUUUCAGAAUGUUAUGUUUCUUCUCGUGAACAAUUCAGAAUGGAAUAUAUCAGUUAGAAUGGAUUAAGUAAACACAAGCCAGCCGUAUUAGGAUCUCUGUAAGAAUCAUAGUUUCAACUCGACCUGGUAUGAGAAGAAACCAAGAGGGUGCAGACAAGGAUGUAACCUGUGAUUUGCACCAGUUCCAGACACCAGAGUUUCAUUCAUGCACAUAAUAUGUAAUACCUGAAAUGGGAGAUUCACUUGAAAAUAAGGA